AUGCAACCAGAAGAGUUUACAUCAUCUGUGACGCUUCAUCCUCCAAACGCAUCGGUCACUCCAGCGUAUCUGGAUUUCUUCAACUCAACAGAAUGGCGACUAGUGUUUUCCAUUAUCCCACCAUACAUAUUCAUCGUCUGCUUGAUGGGAAUUCUGGGAAAUUCCUUCGUAUUGCUGGUAUUCCUGCUCCAGAGAGGCCGAUGGUCCGUCCCAGAGAUCUACCUGGGAAAUCUGGCACUAGCUGACCUUAUUUUACUAGUCUGCUUGCCUUUUUGGGCCAUGAAUAUCCUUAAUUACUUCAUGUGGCUGUAUGGGGAAUUCAUGUGCAAGGUGGUCAACAUGUCCAUCAUGGUCAACAUGUACACGAGUAUUUACAUGCUAGUCAUGGUGAACGUAGACCGAUACCUAGCGCUCGUAUUGACCAUGAGAGCCCGAUGGCUUCGGCGUAAACGCUAUGCUAAGCUAAUCUGCGUAAUCCUCUGGUUGUUUGGACUGGGGAUGGGCGCUCCUACUGCUGCCAUGAGAAAACUGAUUGACAUUCCGGCUCACCAAUCCGUCGAAUGCAUGUUGAAUUAUCCUAAUGGGAAUUGGAGAAUCGCGCAUCUACUGCAGCUCAACAUUGUUGGAUUUGCUCUGCCGUUUUUAGUCAUUACGUUCUGCUGUUUUAAUAUCGUACGGGCUUUAAAGCGUAGACGAGACAGCGGUUAUUGGGAAGACGGAAAUGACCGGAAGGCUACAAUCCUAGUGUGUGCCGUCACUUUUCUUUUCUUCUUCUGCUGGGGUCCGUUUCAUUUCUUAACCUUCCUCGACUUGCUUUGUGAUCUCAAGGUUUUGGAUGAGAAGGAGUGGGCUCAUUUUCUGAAUAUCGGAAACCAGUUUUCUGUAUAUUUGGCGUUCUCGAAUAGCUGCUUGAACCCGGUGCUGUAUGUUUGCUCAGGAAACUAUUUCAGGAGGAAAGUCAGCAGCAUCUAUAAGAGGAGAAAACAGUCCUCAGAUGCGACGACUCUACAGAGGACUGCUUUAACCUCUACGACAACCACCAAUCAAAUCAAGCCUGUGGUUCUGAACGAAAAAGACUAG